AUGGAAAAGGAAAGUAAGGAGAAAAGAAGAGAAGUAUCGAUGGCCAUGGCGGCAGACUGGUCUACACUCCAUAAGGAUCUUCUCCUUCUGAUAUCUUCACGACUCGACAACGAAGCCGAUAUCAUUCGUUUUCGAUCAGUUUGUUCAACAUGGCGCUUUUUCAUACCAAAUCACAGUUUACCCUUCAAGUUACCCCAUUUUCACACUUCAUCACUCUCUUGUUACCUCUCCAAACACAACAUCUUCCUCAUCAAACCACCUCAACAAGAACAACAACAAACCCUCCGUCCUUGGUUGAUCAGAAUUGCGAAAAACUCAUGCCGAGAAACUCAACUCUUCCACCCGCUCCGAUCAGUUGACUCUUCCCCUUAUCAUUUCCCUCAUGUCCUCGACUUGAAGAAAUUCUCUGUCGUUCGUUUAGGAGCCGACGUUGUUAUGGGAAGAUAUAAUGAAGACAAGACCGUUUUAGAACGGUCUAAGGAAUUACUAUCGCAAUUUGAACUAUAUCAGUUGAAGAUACAUCGUCAGGAUCCGACACCUUUAGGGCAUGGUAUGGGAAAAAAGGUAGUUGCUAUUAUGCAACAUGGGAAAAACAAAGAAACUGUUGCUCUCGGCACGUUGAACCAAAACGGUCAUCCAGUAUUGUUCCACUGCAGUGAAAAGCAUUGGACGUUGAUCCCAUGCAUGUCAACGUACUUUCUAGACAUCUGCGUGUUUAAAGAGCGGUUUUAUGCGGUUAAUAAAAUUGGUAGGACAGUUGCGUUUGGAUUGGACUAUAGUGUUGAGUUAGUGGCUGAAUAUGUGAAUGGAGGGGAUAUGAAAUUCUUGGUAGAGUGUGAAGGUGAGUUGUUGCUAGUGGACAUCUGUGACUCGCAUUGUUUUGGGUUCCCUGGCGAAAAAGGUCUAAAACUGAAGGUGUUUAGGCUUAAUGAGAGAAAGAAGGAAUGGAGGUCGAAGAGCUUAGGGAAUAGGGUUUUGUUCUUGGGGAAUGGAUGUUCGUUUUCUGCUUCUGCUUCUGAUUUAUCUGUUGUCAAAGGGAAUUGUGUCGUCUUUAUUGACGAUGCGUUCAUCCCUUUUGAUAACAUGCGAUGUGGGAUGUGUGUUUUUGACUUGGACGAACAAAGGCUUUCUCCUUUGUCUCAUUAUCCUGACUACUUCAACUUGUUCUGGCCACCUCCGGAGUGGAUUCUCGAAACGCAAUACCAUUCAUAA